AUGCUUUGUGUUCAUUACAAUAAAGCCAAAAGACGAUAAAGCAGACGCAGUGAGGAAAUUAUGACUUUUAUAGCUAUAUAAUUUUUAUACCACCAUUACUUUAGCAAUGGCUAGCGUCUUUCAAAGGCCUUAAUCCCAAAGUGACAUUUUGUCUCUAGGAAACUAGUUUUCUAAUAUUUCAUAUAGCAAUAGGUCCCAGACACCUAUUAUAAAGGCUAUAAGAUUUUGGACUAUAUUACUUGUAAUAUAGGCAUAUAUAUAUCUAAUUAACUCUUUAAAUACGGACAAGGUGUUAGAUAUCAGGUAAAAACCUAUAUAAGUAAGAUAAAUAAUAAAUACAUUUUGUCUAUAUAUUUUUUCAAAUAAACAAUUUGCGCUAUUUCAAUAGAAAAAUUCGUGGUGCAUUAAAUGCUGAGAUAGAAGCAGUUGUUCCGUAGGAACCACAACAAAAUGAUGUUGUUCUACACGGAUGAGAUUGAUUGCGGUACGAGACUGUACUUUUGACUGUCAAGUUUUGAAGUAGCCUAAGUGCACAACCGCCUGCACACAGACAGAUAAUAAAGAAAGAAAGAAAUUCAACGAGAAACGCGUUUGUCGAGCAUGACGAAUCUCGCGCGCAUAUCCGGGAGUUUGCGUCGACUGACAGCGAGAGUUUGUUCAACCUCACCGCUGCCUUUCUGCAGGAAUAAUGUUUUAUACUCACAAAGUUUCAGUCAAUCUGCAACUGCUGCCAGAUGUCUUACAAGAGACUCACGUUACAGAAGCAGUAACAGACAUUACGCCUCAUCGUCAGCACAUGAAACCGUUCGUAUCGGAUGCGCGUCAGGGUUUUGGGGCGAUACCGCAACGUCAGUUCCUCAGCUCAUAUAUGGUGGGAAAUUGGAUUUCCUUGUGUUUGAUUAUCUGUCUGAAAUCACCAUGUCACUGCUCUCAGCAGCCAAAGCUAAAGCACCUAAUAUGGGAUAUGCUCCUGAUUUUGUCCUUUCCCUUUCUCCAUUCAUCAAGGAUAUCGGCAAGAAAGGUAUCCGUGUGGUCAGUAACGCUGGAGGUGUUAAUCCUCUUGCCUGUGGAGCAGCUCUACGGGAAGUAGUUCAAAAGGCGGGACUUGACUUGAAGGUAGCUGUGGUGACUGGUGAUGACCUGAUGUCACAGAAAGGCUUUCUGACUGAACUCAGGAUGACUGAUUCAGAGGAAAAGAAACCACUUCCAAAGACCGUCCACAGCAUGAAUGCGUAUUUGGGCGCCCUCCCAAUUAAACGGUGCCUGGACCUCGGGGCUGAUAUUGUAGUGACAGGACGUUGCGUGGACAGUGCUGUGGUUCUUGGACCUCUGAUGCAUUCGUUUUCAUGGGACUGCAAAAACUAUGACCUGUUGGCUGCUGGAAGCCUUGCUGGUCACUUGAUUGAGUGUGGUGCACAGGCCACAGGAGGGAUUUUCACAGACUGGCACAUGGUUCCUGACUGGGAUAACAUGGGCUUCCCAGUGGUGGAAUGUUCUGCUGAUGGGUCGUUUACAUUGUCCAAACCCCCAAAAACCGGUGGGCUGGUUUCAUUUGCUACAGUGGCAGAGCAAUUAGUGUAUGAGAUCGGAGACCCACAGCGUUACCUCCUGCCUGACGUCACAUGUGACUUUUCCAAUGUCACCAUCACUGAGAUACCAGAUGUGGAUGGUGGAGCAGUUAAAGUAGAUGGUGCCAAAGGAUCACCUCCAUCACCUGACUAUAAGGUUUGUGCCACGUAUAUGGAUGGGUUCAGGGCGACGGCAGUUUGUCCUGUUGGUGGUCCGAGAGCUGUGGAAAAAGCCAGAAGAACAGCAGAAAGCAUUAUUAAAAGGACUCAGCGAAUUUUCAAACAGCUUGGUUUAGAGGACUAUGCUGAAGUCAACAUUCAAGUUCUGGGUGCUGAGGACACAUAUGGACCACAUGCGGUCGAUACAGCUCCUCGUGAGGCUGUGGUUUGGAUGGCCGUCCAUCACAACCAGAAGAAAGCGCUGGAGUUUUUCUCCAGAGAGGUGGCACCAGCAGGAACAGGCAUGGCUCCAGGGCUCACAGCUAUUGUGGGCGGACGACCAAGAAUAUCACCAGUGCUGAAACCUUUCUUUUUUCUGCACCCCAAAGCAGAUCUGGAGGUGCACAUUCAUGUGAAUGGGGAGUUUGUGGAGACACACAGAGAGACAGGAUCAGAGCCUUCAUUAGCUGAAGGACACAACCCCUCCCUUCUCUCAGAGGAACACAACCCAACACCCACAGAUUUGCCCUCUGGCCCACAUACCUUCAGACUGGAGGAGUUAGCAUACACGCGCAGUGGAGACAAAGGGGACUCCUCAAACAUCGGCGUUAUUGCAAGACACCCACUGUUUUUCCCCUACCUGAAAAAGUGUUUAACUGCUGAAGUUGUGGAGCAGUAUUUCCAACAUUUGAUCAGAAAGGAUAAGACUGAUCUACCCUCCGUCAUACGGUACGAACUGCCUGGCAUUCAUGGUCUGAACUUCGUGCUUCCAAACUCACUUGGAGGGGGAGGGGUGGCGUCACUGCGCAGCGACCCUCAGGGAAAAGCCUACGGGCAAAUGCUGCUCGACUACAAACUGAAAGGCCUUCCUGAUUUGAAAUCACUGGUCGAUUAAAAAGGAUAAGGACUGAAUGAUGUCAGGGUGUGUGUUGAGACAUUUCAGACAUUUCAUAUAAAAAGUGCUAUAAAUGGAUAAUGUCAGUAAUGUUUGAAAAUGCCCAGGUGGAUCAUAUUAUGAACCUUGCGUGAUGUAAACAUGUGUCUUCCAUUUUAGUUUGCGUCUACUAACAGUUCCCAAACUGUUCAAGCUAUUCCAAAGAAUGUGAACAUAUAACAUAGCCUUUUAUCUGUUUGCACAUUUUAUUAUGUAAUUAAUACCCAUAUGAAGGAUUUGUAGUACGAAUGAGCAUUAAAAAUGGCAUUUUAUCAGUGAAAA